AAAAUAUAUAGUUUUCGAAUUCGUUCGAGCGAUAAGCUCGUAUUGAAUCCAAUGAUUUUUAUGAAAACUUAUGGCAUCUAGUAAUGAAACUCCAAAAUAGAUGUGUUUUGAAAAAUUUCCAGUUCAGUUUUAGUAGUAUUUUCUUUUACAGAAUAAAAUGAGUGCAUAAUGUCUAGAGACGCCCUCCUCUGACUACCUUCAAGCUUGGCCGCCAUGUCUGAACCUGAAGUUGGACUGCGUCUUUGUAAUUCGUGUUGUGCUAUUCUGUAUUGUUUCAAAAAGACAGUGGUUUUAAUUUGUAUAAGACAAUGAAAGUAAUGGGACAUGAAUUAAUUGCGAACUCUUACUACAUGUGGAGUGUUUAACAUAUCUGAGCAAAUCGAUAAAAUUUGCUUUGGAAGGAGGUAUUCCGACUUCCCAACAUCGUAUUUUUAGUUCGGCCGCCAUAUUGGCGUUAAUAUCUUUUCGAGAGAUAAUUGCCAAAUUGGACCACGUUUGGCGCUCUCAACUUUACACCCUACCCUGCGCUGCAAGGUAGUUUAAUUGUUAGUCAAUGAAUGUGAUGACUUCUUUCUAGGUGCAACAGCACCGAAACAUUUAUAUUAUGAUAGAAUGGUUAAAAGUCAGAGGAUAUAGCUGAUGCCUCUUAGUAAGAAAUUGGAUGAACCUCUUGUUACAGUUGAGGUAGAUUGCUGACUCCAGCACGAUGCAACAGGCAGUAGAUCCUCUUGCAACCACCAGCACGCCUACUGUGGAGCCCGUCAAUGGCGCGCCUGCGGAGGAAACACCACGGCGGCAGGGGCGCAUGACUAAUCAGCUACAGUUUCUCCAAAAAAAUGUCAUGAAGGCAGUCUGGAAGCAUAAAUUAGCAUGGCCUUUUCACCAACCUGUGGAUGCCAAAAAGUUAAAUCUCCCAGACUACCACAAAAUAAUCAAGAAGCCUAUGGAUCUGGGGACUAUUAAAAAACGUCUCGAGUCUAACUACUACUAUUCAGCACAGGAAUGUAUCCAGGACUUCAAUACAAUGUUCACAAACUGCUAUGUGUAUAAUAAACCUGGCGAAGAUGUGGUUAUUAUGGCACAGACUUUGGAAAAGCUGUUUCUCAAUAGGAUAGCUCAGAUGGAUAAAGAGGAGAAGGAGAUCGAGCUGCCAUCGAAAGCCGGUAAGGGCGGUGGUGCCAAGAAGCGCGCGAGCGGGGCGCCGACGAUUCCGAGCGGCGCGGCGCCGGCCACCGGCACGCCCGCGCGGCCGCCCGUUAAGGCGGCGGCCGGCAUGCUGCCCGCCAUGUUCCCCGCCGCACCCGCCGCGCCCGCCGCACCCGCCGCGCCCGCCGCGCCGCCGCGCACCACCACCCCGCCCGCCACGCACACCGGCCUCCCGCAGCAGGUGACAACACAACCAUCUAGUUUCCAUGUGACACAGCCUACUACGCCCGUUACCACCAUUCCGACGGUCGCCUUAUCGCAAACUCAACCCGCUAAGGUGAAAAAGGGCGUUAAAAGAAAAGCUGAUACGACCACACCAAUGGGAAGCUCCUUUGAAGGCGGCUAUACGACACCUACAAUCGACCAACAAAGUGGUCCUAAACCAGCAAAGAUUUCGACGAGGCGAGAGAGUGGUCGGCAGAAAAAGACCAGUAGAACGGGAGAUGAUAGCUUUAAAGGUGGAUUGUCACCUGGUGUGGGCGGAGCAGGCGCGUCACAUCAUUCUGUUAUGACCCCUCAGUUAGCAAAGAACAAAGAGAAGCUGUCGGAUGCAUUGAAGAGCUGUAAUGAAAUAUUGAAGGAAUUAUUCUCUAAAAAACAUUCGGGAUAUGCUUGGCCAUUUUAUAAGCCGGUAGAUGCGGAAUUACUUGGACUUCAUGACUAUUUCGAUAUUAUAAAAAAACCAAUGGAUCUCGGAACGGUAAAGCAAAAAAUGGAUAACAGAGCAUACAAAACGGCAGCAGAGUUUGCUGCUGACGUACGCUUAAUAUUCACAAAUUGCUACAAAUAUAACCCACCAGACCAUGACGUAGUAGCUAUGGCAAGGAAACUACAGGAUGUGUUUGAAAUGAGGUAUGCCAAAAUUCCGGACGAACCGGUGCAUGUCGGUGUGCCGCAUAUAGAUAAAGGCAGCUCGGCGUCGAGUUCGGAAUCUGGCUCUGAAUCUGAUUCGGAAUCGGAUGAUUCGGAAGAAGAAAGGAAUAAUAAAGUUAAACUUCUUGAGAAGGAACUCCUAGCAUUACAAGAAAAGAUGAGAAAACUCGUCGAAGAAUCUAAUACAAAGAAGAAAGCGAAAAAGAAAAUGAAAGAGAAAACAAAGAAGCAAGUCACUAACAGCACAAUACCCAAGCCUAAUGCUGUGGCUGCUUAUGGAGGAAAGACGAAUAAUAUCGCCGAUAACUUGGCAACCCCUCCCGCCCGCGGCAAAGCAGGCCGGUCGCGGACUACGCCGACGGUGGGCGCGGGCGCGGGUGCGGGUGCGGGGGGCGCGGCGGGCGCCGGGCGCGCGGCGGGCCCGGGCCGCGCGGGCCCCGGCAAGAAGAAGGGCGCCGCGCCCGCUCCCGCCCCCGCACCCCACAUCCCGCCGCACCACGACUCCGAGGACGAGGAUGUCGCUAAACCCAUGUCUUAUGAUGAAAAGCGACAACUCUCGCUCGAUAUUAAUAAACUGCCUGGAGACAAACUCGGCAAGGUAGUCCAUAUAAUCCAGAGUAGGGAACCGUCACUACGUGAUUCCAAUCCAGACGAAAUUGAGAUUGACUUUGAAACAUUAAAACCAUCGACAUUAAGAGAAUUAGAAAAUUAUGUUGCAUCGUGCCUACGAAAAAAGACACACCGUAAAAUGUCAGGUAAAUCUAAGGAUGAACAAAUGGCGGAGAAAAAACAAGAGUUAGAAAAACGACUACAGGAUGUCUCUGGGCAAUUAGGAACGAACAAAAAGCAACAACAGAAAAAAGAUGGAAAAGAUGGUCUUGGUGGAGGCAUGUCGUCGUCAUCGAGUUCCUCAGACUCAUCCAACUCCUCAUCCAGUACCGACACCAGCUCAUCCGACAGCAGUGACAGUGAAGCAGGCACAGGAUCGGGAAGGACACCUAAAAAGAAAACCAAGAAACAGCCAGCGCACCCACCACAAAUAAAACCUAUACCGACCGCAGCAACCGCGCCAGUUGCCGCGGCGGCGGCCGGCGAGGGGGCGCCGAGUGCGGGCGAUGCGAAGCCCGAGGCGGCGCCGACGCCCGCGCCCGCGCCUAAGCCCGAGGCGCCCGCGCUCGCCGCGCCGCCGCCCGCCGCCGCCGAGGACGUGCCGGACUCCUCCCUGGCUCCCGUCGCGCGCGAGAAUGACGAACAGAAGACGGUCCCCGAACUGGAACCCCGAAACGGACUGGACAAAGUUGAUACUUCUCAAUAUAUAGAUCCUAUAGAACGUUCUCUCGCCAGCUUAGAGAGAAGCCUGAACGCCGACGUCCCGAUGGAUGUGAGCGUUGGAGUGUCAGAAUCUUCAAUGCGCCUAGAGGAAGAUUUUUCUUUACCGAAGACUCAAAUGAUACCAGACGCUGCACAUCAAAAUCUUAUGGCACAGCUGGGCGGUUUGACAGAUAUUUCUCACGUUUCCCAUGAUUCGAUAAAGAACGAUAUGUACGUUCCUCCUCCUCACAAUGGAUUUGUAGAAAAACAUAUGCAUCACGAACGAGAAAUGCUGCGAUCUGAUGUCAAUACCACAAUGCCCGGUUUGACACCUGUCGUACCCGUUUCGUCAAUUUUUGACCCUGUGCCCUCUGCUCCUCAAAGCGUUAUUUCUCAAUCGCUUCACACGGUACCCUGCACACCAACACUAAUGACGCCUGCAGUAAAGAAAGAAGACAUUAAACCAUUAUUAACCCCUAAACCUAUUGAAGAUCUCAUGGGGGUGCCGAAUAUUGGUCAGAAUAACAUAUCUGAUAGAGUUAAAUAUGACAUGGAGAAGAAAAUGGAAGAUGCCAAAAAUUCCAAUUUCGCCCAAGCUUUCAAAUUGAAACAAGAACAAAAUUUGAAAAAUGCUAGUUCCUGGUCAUCAUUAGCACAAGCCGGAAGUCCACAGAGUAUACCUAACAUGAAUACAAAUAACCAAAUGAAACAGAAGCCUGUUAUGGAUAGCUUCCAAGCAUUCAAGAAACAAGCUAGAGAGAAAAUUGAUCGUCAGAGAGCACUGAUUGAGCAGCAAGAAUUAAGAAAGAAAGAGCAAGCGGAACGAGAGAGACAGCGGCAAGAGACGGAAAGGCGACAUCCUGAGGACGAUAAAAUGAGGAUGGUAGUGGGGGCGGGGGCGCGCAAGGCGGAGAGCGCGGAGGUGGCGUCGCCGAGCGUGUCGCCGGUGGCGCGCGCGUCGCCGCCCGCCGCCGCGGCCGCCGCCGCCGCCGCCGCGCCCGACAAGCCCGCCGCCAGCGAGCGCGAGCGUCUGCGCCAGCGGGAGCAGGAGCGCCGCCGCCGGGAAGCGAUGGCCGGACAGAUAGAUAUGAACCUGCAGAGUGAUUUGAUGGCCGCGUUUGAAGAGUCGUUGUAAUGUGUUACAAACUAUAUAAUUAAAUAAAUGUACAUAGAGUAUGUAAUUAUAAAUAUAGCAAUGCAAUCUGUAUGGUGAUAAUGUGACACCAAAGUGAUUUGUGAUCGUUUUGUGUGUGAAACGUUGACUAACAUGUGGUUAAGUGCUGUGAAUAGAUUACUUAUUAUAAAUUAACUGUUGUACCACCAUUUUGACUUUGUGGUCGUGUUAUGGGCCUUUAAAGGGGGUUGCAUUUUAAAUAUCGUGUACUAUAGUAAGUUGCUAUGUAAGUUCUUAAAGUAAACAACUAUCUUUACAUUUGUAAGUCUAUAUUUAUAUUUCUAGAAGCGUCUUCUACCUUCCAUGUUUUAUAGAAUAUACUAAUGACUAUAGUAUAGUAGUGAUUGAAAAUGAAAAAAAGAAAUCAAAAAGCUUUAUUUUAUGCAAUUGAUUAAUAGACAAUCGACUAAACCAUGAAAUUGUUGUCAACUGCGUAUUUUCUCACCGCAUGUGUAGAAUAUGAUUGCAAAUAACAUUUGUCGCCGAUUGUAUAUAAAUAAGUUAUGCUAUGAUAUCAAAUGUUGCCAAGUUCUACAUGCAAUGAGAAAUCACGUGGCCUAUUAUGUAUUUAUUAGUAAAUGGAAAUUCUGUUACGUAUUCGAUUUUCGAUAAAUAUUGCUUAAUGUUAGUAGAUUUUUUAUCAGUCUGUCGUUUGAAAACAGAUCAAAUGUCAUACAUUUGAUUUGAAAUAUAUUUAUUUUACAUUGGAAUAUGUCUUUUAUGUUUGUAGAUAGAGUAACUCCAGUGGAAAUAUGUAGUACAGGUGAUCCGAUUCUGCAGACCUGUUUAAAUAUGAGGAACUAUAUAGUAUUUAGUAACAGCCCAAAAGGAUAUUGUAUGUUUUAAGCAAAUUUAAUUUCAGUCACUUACUCCUCAAAAUCAAAUGUAGAUAUAAAGUAAAAUAUAUUGACAUUCCAUAUUGUAA